AUGAUUGUACAAAAUGGGAAUGGUGGGAUGAUGGCCAGCAGAAUUUGUGCCUCUAUAUUGCCGCUCAACCUUGCCACAUUCUCGCCGAACGAUAUUUUGGUCAACCUAUUCGGUCGAAAUGGCUACCAGAUAGAACGCCUUCCGGUCGAGUUAUUAUCAACGAUAUUUCUAAAUACCCUCCCCGACGACAUAUGCGCCCCUCCUCCAAUAUUUCUGACCCUUGUCUGUCGCCGAUGGCGGGAAAUCGCGAUCUCGAUAUCCCGACUCUGGUCCCAGCUGACACUCCCGAAAGCUCCUUCGGGCGAGGAUUGUCUCGAAUCCUUCUUCAAAGUUAUUACAGCAUGGCUGUUAUUGUCGCGCGACGUACCGUUGUCCAUAACAUUGGACAUCUCGGAUGAAAGUCGGACACAUGUGGUCGAGCGCUAUCUGCGCCUCGUCUGUGAUCAUUCUCCCCGCUGGAAAGCCGUCAAUUUGUGUUGCUCUCCUCUUCUCUCGCAGGCAGACUAUCCAGUCCUCGCGCCAAAACCGCACCCUUACCUGAAGUUCCUUCAGUUGCAGACAGAGACACCGGUGGAGGAGAGAUCGGAGGGUGAAGUUGAUUGGGAUCUGACAUGCACUGGUCAAGCUCUGGAGAACGCGCCUAACCUAAACCAAAUUGCCCUGACUCAUUCAACACUCUACGAGUUAAUGCUGCCAUGGGCCAAUAUCAUUUCCCUCUCCUUGACCAUACCAGAUACCCGCGGUUCCAGCCAUCAGGACAUCCAACCCAGAUCUUUCGACCUUGACCGGUUUGCAAGCGUCCUAGGCCAUUGCGUCAAGCUGUCCCACCUGUCCCUUGAAUUCGAUGGAGAGUUUUCUCACCUACACCCUCGCAACCUGCCCUCUAUGAAUGCAUGUCCUUUGAAACUCAGCCAGCUUUUGAUCCUCGAAAUCAUCUCAUCGAGCUGGCUCCUCACAGCAUACUUCCUCACCGUUGUCGAUGCACCCAUGCUAGCCUCGUUCAUCCUCGACGCUCACGGUACACCUCGUAGAUCCGCCGCGAUAGUUCUCCACGAACGAUUCUCCGCCUUCCUCUACGCUCGACGUGAGACGCUUGAGGCACUGUCUCUCAGACACAUCUCUUUUGCUUCGGAGGAGCUCCUUUUGGAAUACAUUCGAUCCUGCUGGCGACUCAGAUCCUUCACCAUGGUCGAUAACUACGACGUCCUAGGUGGAAAGAUGUUGGAGUCUCUUACAUUACACCCCUUCGAAGACCGCCGUAACGAUUCCGACUACUCCAACCCUUUCCUGGAGAACAUCAGCAUUUACCGCCACCACGAAUGCCUUGAGAAUCCAUAUCCGAGACAACUGUACACUGCGCUAGCGAGUAUGGUCAAGUCGCGUUGGCGAGUUCCGAAGGAUGCGGUCGUGGAUUCGAGAGCCCACAGUGCAUCGAAGCUGGGUAUGCUCACGUUAGGCUCGGACGAUGCGAACUGGAUGAAGGAUAAUCUGCCUGAAGAGUGGGAUAUCAUCGAGAAGUGUAGAAGUGAAGGUUUGACGGUGGUUAUCAACGACGAUUGGUGGUAUUUCUGA